AUGCUCUUUCACCUUAUCACCGCAGGCUCUAUCUUUGCCGUACUGGCAACGGAGACUGCCGCUCAGGCACUUCAAAUUCCGUCGUCAUGGCUGAACACGUCGUCGAGUACGAGUCGGAGCUCGCGUGAAGACAUAGCAUACGGCGCAGCCAACACGCUUUACCACCAGAUCGGAAACACAGGUCAACGCACAGCGCAAUACCGCUCCAACUACUACGCCGUUCUGGCCCUUCAAGACUACUACAGCGGAAACACCACAUGGAUGGCAUACGUAACACCGAGCAUGCAAAGCUACUACCAACAGAUCGGGGUUUACGGUAACAAUCUUGGUUGGAGUGGCGACGCCAAUUACUGGGCCCUUGCGUUCUACUACGCAUAUCGAACAUACAAACAAGAGGUUCUCCUCGAGACCGCAAUCAGCAUAUACAACGCGACCUAUGCGGCUGCUUUCAUCACGCCCAACGACGCAGCGGCUGGAACUGGUGCAGGGCGGAACGUUUCUUUCGCUCUUCCAUCGUGCACGUCAGAUACUUUCGCGGGUGGGGUAUUCGUUGGGAAUGUGUCCACCGACCUCGAUGUGUGCGCAGAGUGUAUCGGCCCUUUCUUCACGCUGUCGGCUUAUCUCUUCGAAGCUACGAAUCAAUCCUACUUCAGCGACGCCGCGCAGCUCUCAGCGGACUUCAUGAUCCAUCACAUGUGGAACGGAGCGUUUGUCGUUGAUACGUUCCGUCUCCACGACUGUAGUUUGAAUCCCAAACCUUGUACACUCGACCAAGCCGGAUUCGUGGAAGGGCUGUCUGUAUGGGCUAACAUCACUCAAAACGCUACUCUGACCUCACUGCUGAGAGACGUUGUGUCCAAUGUCACGACUCACCCGGCAUGGACUUCGAACAACGGUGUCAUAGACGAGUUAAACGUCCAGUUGAGCAUGUUCUACCAGAACUUCAAAGGACUCUUGAUUCGCGCACUACUAGAGGCAAGAGCACGGAACCUCGGCACCGAUCUCGACCUUUACAUUGAAGCGUACAUCCUCAAUCAGUUCAACUCCAUCCUUUCCUACACUCGAGGCUCGGAGCCAGAUACUGUAGACUUCUAUGGUCUGUCUUGGAUUGCCCAACGUGCCACGUCGUUCAAUUCUGUCGGAAGUAUCGGUGCUCUGGACGUCCUCAACGGGGUCCUGAACCUCACAGUAUCUGCAGACGGGCCAAAUACUGGCGGUGCUACUACAAGCGCAACCACUGGAGUCCCUACUGCGACCGACUCCGCACGCCAGUCUCAACACGCAUCGAUUGAUACAGGUGCGGUAGCAGGAGGGAUGGUGGGAGGGGUCAUUGUGCUCCUCGCCGCGAUAGGUCUCUGCUUGUGGCGGCGUCGCCGAAGAGCUGCGAAGAGAGAACACCACUUCGCCACCACUCACUUCGGUGACAUCCCUACCAUUGGCAUAGACCCAUUCGUGCUUUCUGCGCCCGCAAACCAACCUUCAUCAAAGUGGAACGACUUCUACGCGCCUAACUCAGGAGGAUCUCGCGCAUCUUCAUUGGAAGCCGCGCCGCUGACGAGUGUCGUACAUCGCGCGCAAGUCGCCGCGGAAAGACCCAUGCCCGGAGAGGAUAGACUUGAACAGGAGGGUUUGGAUCUACCGGGCGCCGUCGGGCGUCUGCAAAACUUGAUUCGCUUGUUGCAUCGUCAAGACGAGUUUCCGCCUGCCUUGCUGCAUCUCCGCAUGAUUACCAUUAUAACUUUAUGGCUUUCUGCUGGUUUCUGUGCUCCUACUGUGCUCCUACGCACAACUGUGAGCGUCUAUAUGACUGAUAGCCUUCCGGUGACCGGACAUAAACGCUACACAAAGUGA